UUCAACCCCUCUCUCUACCGGUUCCUGUAGUCUCCGGUCCAGGCUCCUGACCCGCUGCAGAGCCCUGACAUUUUACCGUCAUGGAGCUCCGUUAUGCGCUGCUGUUUCUGUGCCUUGUUCUGCCAUUGUGCACAUCGGACAAUAAUCUGAGCAGCCACUCGGUUUUGGAGCCGUAUGAUAUCCUCUUCGACACGGCGGUGGAAGCCUACUACAGGGGGGACUGGUUGUCGGUUAUCCUGAACAUGGAGAGGGCGCUCAGGAACAAAGCUACGGUCCGCAAUGUGAAGGCUCAGUGCCGGCUCAGCUGCGCCAACCAGUCCGCUUUCGGUGACCCAUUGGCCGGCUUGGGAGUUCCCAUACCGGGGGCCGGGUCUGUGGAGGACCUGGGCUUCUUCCAGAAAAUCCUGAAACGGGCGGACUGUGUGAACUCCUGCGAGACUCAGAAACUCGGUCCGCCGAAUCUGCAUCUGGUCAGUGAAGAAAUUGAGCUGGAGUUCAAGAAGAGGACCCCAUAUAACUACUUACAAGUCGCCUACUUCAAGAUCAAUAAGCUGGACAAGGCGGUGGCAGCGGCCAACACGUUCUUCCUGGCCAACCCGGACCACAUGGAGAUGAAACAGAACCUGGAUUACUACAGGAUGAUGGCAGGAGUACAGGCAGAAGACUUCAAAGAUUUGGAGGCCAGGCCCCAUAUGGCCGAGUUCCUGCUGGGGAAGAGUUACUACAGCGACGACUCGUUCGGUCUAGCGGCCGAACACUUUGAAGUGGCCAUAGACGAGUACUUCACAGCCGAUAAGGAGUGCAGAGCUCUGUGCGAGGGAGCCUACAACUACGACGGAUACAACUACAUGGAGUACAGUGCCGACCUGUUCCAGACCGUGACAGACCACUACACGCAGGUCCUGAGCUGUAAGCAGCACUGCUCCGUGGAGCUGGCCUCUACAGCUGGUAGAGACAAGCCCUUCGAGGAUUUCCUCCCCUCACAGUUCAACUACAUGCAGUUCUCCUACUACAACAGUGAGAAGUACGAGCAGGCCAUAGAGUGCGCUAAGACCUUCCUGUUGUUCCGCCCUAAUGAUGAGGUGAUGAACCAGAACCUGGCUUAUUAUUCUGCUGUGUUGGGCGAAGACAAGGCAGAAACCAUAUCAGCCAGACAGGUGGUGAAACAGUACAUUCAGCAAUCCAUACUGGAGAAAGAGCUGCUUUACUUUGGAUAUGAAGCAUUUGGAAUCACCUUUGUAGAUCCAGACACAUGGACUCCUGAAGAUGUCAUGCCUAAGAAACUGAGAGACAAGCAGAAAGCUGACAGAGAGACUGCAGCGAGGAUCACAGAGGAAAUAGGAAACCUAAUGAAGGAGAUCGAGACUCUGGUUGAGGAGAAGAAGAAGGAUUCGUCAGAUAUGGCCAAGAUAAUAGUGCCGCAGGAAGGUGGUGCUGUGUUGUACGAUGACAUCAAAGUAACCAUGACGUCCAAGCAGCUGAAUGGCUCUGAGCGGGUGUUGCUGGAUGGAGUGGUCAGUCAUGACGAGUGCAGGGAGCUGCACCACCUAUCCAAUGCAGCUGCUCUGAUAGGAGAUGGCUACAGGGGGAGCACUUCCCCCCACUCCCCCAGUGAGCUGUUCCAGGGAGUCACCGUCCUGAAGGCUGUCAAGCUUGGACAGGAGGGGAAGGUCCCGCUGAAGAGCGCUCGUCUGUUCUUCGACCUGAGCGAGAGGGUGAGGAAGGUGUUGGAGUCGUACUUCAGCCUGGAAACUCCGCUCUACUUCUCCUAUUCCCACCUGGUCUGUCGCUCUGCUAUUGAUGAGAAGCAGGAGGACCGUAAGGACCUGAGUCACCCUGUUCACGUGGACAACUGUCUGCUGGUGUCCGAGCUGAACGAGUGUAUCAAGGAACCUCCUGCAUACACACACAGAGACUACAGUGCCAUUCUUUAUUUAAAUGAUGACUUUGACGGAGGAGAUUUCAUUUUCACUGAGAUGGAUGCCAAAACAGUCACGGCUGAGGUGCGUCCACAGUGUGGCCGUGUGGUUGGGUUCGGUGCAGGGAAAGAAAACCCCCACGGUGUCAGAGCUGUCACUAAGGGUCAGAGGUGUGCUGUAGCGCUGUGGUUCACACUGGAUCCUGCUCACGAGGAAAAGGAGAGAAUCCAAGCUGCGGAUAUGCUGAAGAUGUUUUCCACACCUGUGAAUGCAGAGUUCAGUAAGAAGGAGGCGACAGACACCUCAGAGCCCCAACCAGUAACGCCAGAGCCUCCAUCAGAUAAAAAACAAGACGAUAAACCGGCGGAGCAGAAGCCGGAUGCACCAACCGACACGCAGGCCGACAAACCGGCUGACACGCCGAAGGACAAAACAGAGAAGAAACCAGUCAGCAAAACAACAACUAAAGGCACUAAAGCCAAAGCUGCUCCGAAAGCAAAGGCCAAAGCUGGAGACCAGGCAAAGGACAAGACAGCAGACAAAGGCAAACCUGCUGCAAAAAAACAGACGGUUAAAACACAAGCCAAGCAGGUAGACAAAAAGGACACAAAACCAGCUGCAAAAAAGACAGUAAAAGUCGUUGCCAAGAAGGACUCCAAAAAAGCUAAAGCUGACGGCACGUCAGCCUCAGACUCUCAGAACGAGGACAAGGACGAGCUGUGAUCAAACAGCACCUGGGACUGUGUAUGUGCUGUCUGUUUUUCUGUUUGCUCCAAGGUCUUCUCUGUGGGUGGUUGAAUGGAAAUGGAUUGAAAGUUACUAAAAUGUUGUUUGCCUUUAAAGUUAUUGGUUGUUGUGGAUCAUACCAAGGGACUGCUGUUUUACCCGGAUUUCACUCACAGUUUUAAUUGAGUACUUUUUUUUUAUAGGUAUAUCCUUGCUGACAAUCUGCAAAAGUGCCCAAAUAACCACCUUCGUUUGACAUUCAAAGCUUUGUAUUUGUAUAGAUGGGACAUAUUUUCAUCUCAGUUUUCAACCUGAAUUCCUUUUAUUUUCUCUUAUUUGUGAUGCCAUGAUGUGAAAGCGCGGGUGGUCAAAAGAGGGGGGCAGAAGUCAA